CUCCGUACAUCCCCUUCUCUCCAUCCACACGUCGAGCAGCCUGAAAGCUUGAAUAAAGAUGCUCAGCGUCUCGGGUCGCUCGCGCCUUGUCACCGGGUGAAGCUGAGUUAUCGCGCAGAGUGCACGCGGAGAACUGAGCAAGGACGACCUCGCCCCCCUCGAUUCGUUUGCGCGAGCGACAUGGAGCUGAAGAAAUCCAUUUCGGACGCCGAGCGCGCGCUCAGGAGCUACGGCUCCGUGUCGGAAACUGCGUGGACGACGGACAAAGGUCACUCGGACGUGUCCAUGGCAGAGAGCACCAUCUCUCCGGAGGAGAUCGAGGUGGAGAUGGCUCGUAUCCAGCGGCUGCGUGAGGUCCUGGUGCGCCGAGAGUCUGAGCUGAGGUUCAUGAUGGAUGACAUUCAGCUCUGCAAAGAUAUCAUGAGCUUAAAGCAGGAGCUGAGGCAGAUUGUCGCAGUGCCAGAGAAAGACAAAACGAAGAAGCAACGGCAGCGGGAGGAGGAACUGAUCCUGAAGAUCCAUAAGCUGGUUGAGAAGCGAGACUUCCUGGUUGACGAUGCAGAGGUGGAGAGAUUAAGGGAGAAAGAGGAGGACAAGGAGAUGGCAGAGUUCCUCAGGCUGAAGCUGAUGCCUCUGGAGAAGAAGCUUAAAGUCGCACAACAUCCUCCGAAGCCGAAAAGACAGAUUCCAGAGCCGCCUCCCAACAAACCCUCCGUCACCAAGUCGGGGGUGGCCAUCAUUAAGGACUGCUGCGGAGCCACGCAGUGCGCCAUCAUGUAGCCGACCUCCACGUGACCCAAACACGCCUGCACCACACGACCGGCCAUACAUCACUCCCUGUGCCCCAGAGAACCAGAACCCCAGACGUCUGGACACGGCUCCCUAAUGAGUAACGCAAGAAGCAUGGAUAGUGUAAAUAUAAAGCGUGUCGAGUUAAUAGACGGGGUCAUUCCUUUCCUUUCAGUGUGGCUGUAGUCUACGAUUAUAUGUACAUGUAGGUAGAGAACUACAAGCACAAUGUCCAUAAAGUCAAGCGCAGGUGCUGGGGUUCUGGGUCCCACAGGAAACACACCUGCUGUCUUUGGUCAGUCUGGGUUUCUGCUCCCACAUAGUUUUUAAUGGAAACCACGACUCUACAGUUCUAUGCUCAUUCCCAUCCACGAGGUUCAGCAAACAACCAGGCUACAGAUUACGAUAUUUUGGCAGAUGGUGAAAGCUGACAAAUUAACAGGCACACAAUAAGGUGAGGAAAUACUGCAUCCCGGUCACACGAGCAUCAGUCACCAACAUCCAAGUCAUUGUGUAUAUAUAUUGCCGACAAAGAAUAUUCAUCCUCUGGAAUUUGUCUUGCAUUUUUAUGAUACAGCAGGAGAUGGAUGCAACUCUUGUAAAUGCCUACAAUAGAUGGUGUGUGCUUGAGUGUAUUUAGGGCGCCGGUGACUCAAGCACAGUGUUGCUCCGUCACUCAAAGUCCCUUCUGAUUACGUAGCGUUCUGUAGUAGUAGUGAAGUUAUGAAGGUCCCAAUGUUGAAUAUUGAACAAAUAUGCAGAAAAUAAGCUGAAGCUAACUGUACAUACAUGUUUAAAUAAAGAGCAUCUUUCAGAAAAA